UUUUAGAAUUAACCUCGUGUGUGUGUUUGUCGGGGGAGUUAGCUUUUUUGAGAAAUGAGAGAGAAAUAGAUCAUGAAGUUGAUCCACCAGCAUCAAACCCUGAACUGAGUCCAAAGACACUUUUUGCUGCAAUGAACUUUUUCUUAGAUUUGCGACUAGAUCUUAGAUCUUAGUUAUUUAAACUGUAAAGUAUGAAUCCACUUCUUAUGAUAGAUGAAGCAGAAAGCCUGAGACAAUUUAAGACUUUUUCCUCUUCUCAUUCAUUCUAAUUGAUCCCUAACAAACUACCUUUCUGAGGAGAACAAACACCGCACAAAGGCUUUUCUUCCCUUGUCAAUUGAUUUUUUUUUUCUUUUUACAGAUUUAAUUUUUCAUAGUGCAAGGUAAUAAGAAAUCCAUUUUCUCUAGAAGUGCCUGUGUCUUCAGAAGUUGUUUGAGAGCACUGGAGGAAGCUCAUCAGUGACCUUUUUUCACCUCCUUUCUAGCUUACCUCCCUCUCUCCCCCCGCCCCCCACCCAAAGUUGAGAUGUGUCACUGCUGCACUGAGCUGAUGAAGAGGCUUGAGUACUCUCUGGGAGGCUCAGCUGUGACAGAAGCACUGCCACUGUCUACCGAAGCUGAUCCCAAGACACUAAUGUGCAGAGUUUAACACAUGCUGGACAGGGCGCCUGCUUGUUGGAACCAAGGCUACCCGUUUCCUUAAUUCCAAGCCAUGAAUGAAUCCAGGUGGACUGAAUGGAGCAUCCUGAACAUGAGCAGUGGCAUUGUGAAUGUGUCUGAACGUCACUCCUGCCCACUUGGAUUUGGCUACUACAGUGCAGUGGAUGUGUGCAUCUUUGAGACCAUUGUUAUUGUCUUGCUGACAUUUCUAAUCAUUGCUGGGAAUUUAACGGUCAUCUUUGUCUUUCACUGCGCUCCACUCCUGCACCAUUAUACUACCAGCUACUUUAUUCAGACAAUGGCAUAUGCUGAUCUUUUCGUUGGAGUUAGCUGCUUGGUUCCUACUCUCUCACUUCUUCACUACUCCACAGGUAUCCAUGAGUCAUUGACUUGCCAGGUUUUUGGAUAUAUCAUCUCCGUUCUAAAAAGUGUUUCUAUGGCAUGUCUUGCUUGCAUAAGUGUGGAUCGCUAUCUUGCAAUAACCAAGCCUCUUUCCUACAAUCAACUGGUCACCCCUUGUCGCCUGAGAAUUUGCAUUAUUUUAAUCUGGAUCUAUUCUUGCCUAAUUUUCUUGCCUUCCUUUUUUGGCUGGGGGAAACCAGGGUACCACGGUGACAUUUUUGAAUGGUGUGCCACCUCCUGGCUCACCAGUGCCUAUUUUACUGGCUUUAUUGUUUGUUUACUUUAUGCUCCUGCUGCCUUUGUUGUCUGCUUCACUUACUUCCACAUCUUCAAAAUUUGCCGGCAGCACACCAAAGAGAUAAAUGACCGGAGGGCCCGAUUUCCUAGCCAUGAGGUAGAUGCCUCUGGGGAGACUGGACACAGCCCUGACCGUCGCUACGCCAUGGUUUUAUUUCGGAUAACCAGUGUGUUUUACAUGCUGUGGCUCCCUUACAUAAUUUACUUUCUUCUAGAAAGCUCCCGGGUCUUGGACAAUCCAACACUGUCCUUCCUAACAACCUGGCUUGCUAUAAGUAAUAGUUUUUGUAACUGUGUAAUCUAUAGCCUUUCCAACAGUGUUUUCCGGUUAGGCCUCCGAAGACUGUCCGAGACAAUGUGCACGUCCUGUAUGUGUAUGAAGGAUCAGGAAGCACGAGACCCCAAACCUCGGAAACGGGCUAAUUCCUGCUCCAUUUGAAGAGAACUAUACAGAACUCAAAUGUAAUCUGUAGGAGUUUUGGAUUGUAUUCUUGGUUCAUCUGGAAAUUUGCCACUAGAGAAAUAUUUACUUGAAUAGUUGACUAUGAGAUGAAGGGACUAGAAGUUUCUUUUCUUUUUUUUUCCCCCCUCUUUUUCCAUGGUGGUGGUGGGGAACUAGAGAAAAGAAUGUAUAGAGGGCAAUCUCAUGAGAUAAUUAUAGUGUAUGAAUAUAAAUGUACAGUAAUAGCAAAAUUAAGCACGGAGGAUGAAAAAAGUAUUGAAAAAAAUAUCUCAGAUCUUCCACAGGACAUGAGCAAAGCCCCUCGGCAUCUGUCUUCUCUGGCUGAGCUCUCUCCUCUGUCUUUGCCUCUCAUUCUGUCCGUCUCUGUCUCUCUCACUCUCUUUGUGUUUGUGGAAAUUACUUACAUAAAUCGCCCUUUAUAGUAAAAUGCUACAUAUUAUAUAUGUGGCAAAGUACAAUUUUUUGCAUCAAAGUAUACUUUUAAACAUACUAAUCUGCAAUCCAUAAAUGGUUUCUCCAUGAAGGAUGUGUAGUAAGUAUUGUAUUUUAUUACCUGCCACAUAACCUUUUUGCUUGUGUUUUUAUAACAUCCACAGCAUAAAAUUUCCGUUAUAAACAAAAAGAAACAGUAUUUUUGUUUCUUCUGGGUAAAAUUAUGCUUAACCCUCCACCCCCUUUCUAACAGCCUGCUAUUUUUUUCUCUCUCCAUUUUUCUUGAUCUGUAUCCUUCAGUACCUUAAUCCAAAAGUGUCUUAGCUAAAGAAAGAAUCUACUAUAUAAA